AUGACGACCUCAGCCGAGCCGCAGAUCACCCCUUCUAUAGCCAUGAGCCAACAAGAUCACCUAGGGUCAGGUGAUGAGGGUUUACCGGAGGGAGCAGUGUGGAGCGAAAUCGAAUACCUUGCAGUGGAUGCAAAGCACCAGCACGAAAAGCCCUACGAGCUGAGGUUCCAGGCUGGAGGGACGAUUCCAGAGACAAACAUGGUGGAUGAAUCCAGAAAAGUGCUGAUCUGUAACUUCCGGCCGCUCGAGAAUUCUCGCAACUUCGAAGAAUAUGGCUUUUCGGCUGAGAAGAUUGGGUGCACCUUGCCAUCCGCAGAGUAUGAUGACAAGGAAAAGGUGGGCAAGACCUACUAUCCUGCCAUCAAACGAAUGUUGUGGCAAAAGUUUCCCGACGCAACACAGAUCCGAAUCUUGGAGCACGGUCUCCGUAAGAGGGAUCCAGAGUUCCCCGCCACCGACAAGCCCUUCUUCAAACACGUCCAGCCUUCCACCAUUGCGCACAUGGGUCAGUGGCUCGAUACAAUCCUGUGCCGGUACGGGACUCACCAAGUGCCAGACUACUCGAUCUACUCGGCAGCGCGAACUGCUCAGGGGGCGUUCAAGAUGGGCCCAGACCAAUAUCGGCGUCUGGUCACCGUCAACGUCUGGAAAUCUCUUCAAGGACCGGGCAACGACUGGCCACUGGCUCUCUGUGACUGGCGUACCUUGGACCGGCCAUCGGAAAGCGUGGUUGUCGACGUCGUGUACAGCAAGGACUUCACGGAGAACGAAAGCGUCUACUAUAGCCCGAACCACAAGUGGUACUACUUCAAAGAUUUACAAGACGACGAAGUCAUUGUAUUUCACCAAACCGACUCUGCUUUGCCAGGUGGCGGAGGUGUCGCCCAUGCAAGCUUUCAGAACCCAGACGCAGACAAGAACGCAGCCCCACGAACAAGUAUCGAGCUGAGAGCAUUCGUAUUCUACUUGUGA